UAGAAAAAUGAACGAUAUUUCCAUUUCGAAUCAUGACGCUGACGUGUUUGAAGACCGUUUCACUUGCUGGAACAGGUUGCCGAUGGAACUGAAAGUUAAAGUCGUUCGGAAUCUGCCGUACCCAACGCUGAGGAAUUUCAUGUUUCUUAGCAGGGAGUGCAUGGAACUUACAUCAUUGCUAAAAGCUUCAGUCCAUGCAAUCUACCUUCUGGAUGAGGAGUACGGGUUGCAAGAGGAGAAGAAGGGUGCGAUAGUACGGUCUUUCGCAAGUAUCAUCGUGAACGACAUACUGGACGGAUCAGCUAACGCGGAUAGUGAAAACUAUACUAUCGGAUUCGAGGGGAAGGGUUGCAGUUGCAUAGCACGCAGGAUAAAGAAAGGAGGGCAGAAUAUGGCUAAAGAACUAGAAUAUCCUAUGGAGUCGUGCUAUGCUGUCUCGAUGCGUGUGUUAUUCCAAAUUACGAAGAAUCUGAAACCGGAGAACGUAGUUUUGGAGCUGGCAAACAUAAGAGUUGUCAAAGAAACCUUGAGGAAGCUACCAUCCACAUCAUCAAUCACAUGUGGAGCGCUUACUGUACGCUCGCCUGAUCUCUCUUUUCUUUCGAUGCUUAUGCCUCAUGUUACUCCCGGAUGCGAAUUACGAUUUGAUGGCAAUCCAUUCUCAUUCACAUUUGAUAAUGUGACUUCUGGAGUUUUCGACUUUGAAGCGGUAAAGGCUGCUCCAUUCAUCAGAACUGAUGUUGACUGCGAUAUCAGUGACGAGCAAUUGGUUCAUCUGAGAGCAUCCGAGCUUUAUCUGAGAGCUCCCAGAAUUUCGGAAAAGGGACUCAAUGGCCUGAUAUUGCAAUGGAUGAAAGGGAGGCGAAAAAUAGUCAGUAUCCGUAUUUCAAAAACGAAGAGGUUCAACUACGACAUGAUCUUUGAAAAUGUUGACAAAACCAAAGUACAGUUUAGUUCUCUUGAACUUCUGCAAAUUCCCUUUUUCGACAAAUAUGUGGCAUUACGUCCUACACACGAGCGUCUUGCCUUGGUUCGCAACGGAUUGGACGAUCGGCUACUUGUGAACAUAGGCUUAAAGUAUUGCGAGAUAGUGGAUCCUUAUUCAGAUUACAUGUCACUAUAUUAUCGUUGAAUUCGCAUCAUAUCCAACAACUUCUUCUAGAGUCUAUAACUAGUAUACCCUCAUGCGCGAUUUAUAGUUUGGGUUGCUGAUGACAUUCAGUUGCAAGGUAGUGUCGAAUCUCAAUUGCUAUUUCUACUGGUAGAAUAACAAUAGCGCUUUUUGUAAGAAAGAAAGAAGCAAUUUUUUGCGGAUUCUGCAAAUUUUGCGGCACAUCCCCAUUUAGUUCAAAGGGAC